CAGAAACAGAGCGAGAGAGUGUGUGGGGGAGAGAGAGAGAAAGUAUUUACGCUGCUUCACUCUCGAAUAGUGAACCUUAUCACUGUCAGGUCCCGAACAGCGGUGGGACAAACUAAACUGAUACUCAGCCAAGCUCAACUUAGAAUUUUUGUUUUGCUUUCUUGGACGCGUUUUCUAGGGGUCGAGAACACCCUUCAGUCCUGAAGUUGGAGGACGCAAGGUGUUUUACAACCUCCACUGACUGACCCCACCCCCCCUCCUUCCUCCCCACACUUUGACUCCACCUCCUCAGUGAUGUCCUCUCAUCCCAGGCACAUCCAGGGGUCAAGACCAGUGACCCCUCCACUGACCUCUGCAGGAUCCCCACGUUCUCCAGUGUCACCAGAGUCCCUGCAGCCUCCAGCCUGCAGACACAGAGACCGCUCCCCUUCCCCCAUGAGAGGCUACCUCAUCCCCAGCCCUCUGCCCACACGCAGAAACAGGACCUGCUCAGCGACGGCUCGUGCAUCAGAGGGUCCGGUGUUUACUGGUGUGUGUAAAUAUUUUUCCCGCUCCAAAGGCCAUGGCUUCAUCACGCCAUCGGAUGGGGGCAGUGACAUCUUUGUCCACAUCUCAGACAUUGAGGGCGAGUAUGUGCCGGUAGAAGGCGACGAGAUGAGCUACAAGAUUUGCUCCAUCCCUCCCAAACACGAGAAGGUCCAGGCGGUGGAGGUGACCAUAACCCAUCUCAAACCGGGAACCAAACACGAGACCUGGGCGGGACACGUCGUCAGCAGCUGAAUGCUGAACCUCAUGGGGGAUGGGCGGGAGGCAGGGAUAACAAGGCCAGAGGGUGGGAAGGGAGACACUGAAGAAAUAGGGAGAGGAUGAUGAUCGGGUGGGAAGAAGUGAGAGGGAAAAACCCAGUCCUCCUGGUAUGACACUCUGAGACAGUUGAGUCAAAUGGUGAUGAAUAAAGUUUUAAACUGGGAGGAAAAUCUCAACCAGCCCAUAGUCAUGCUGUGUGGUAGGAUUACACUGCCCUUCCUGGGAAAUGGGUAACUGCAUCUUGGGAAAACAAACAGUUGGUUUGACCGGUAUAUGAAUAGAUUUAUGAUUACAGUGUAAGAUGUGUUUAUCGUAGAAAGGUUUCUAACAUUACAGUAGGUUUCUUGCUUAGAUCGUUAGACUGUGUUGAAAUUUGACGUACAUUGAAGUUUUAGUUAAUUUGAGGAGAACAUUAUCUUCAGCUGCAAUCAUUCAUUUUCUGGAAAAAACCUCUGGAUACAUUCAGUUCAGCUUUGCAGCGUUUGAGAUUAACCUGCCGUGGUCACAACAGAACUAAUGUUGCUGUAUAAGCACUCCAUGUUACAGCACCAUGGGGUUAUUAUCCAGGUAUACUGUGUGUGCCUACUUCUACCCAGAGAACUUACAGCUCUGUUUGUGCCUACUUAUACCAAUCUGUCAUCUGUAUUUGAUCAUGCGUGGGUGGCUAUAUAAGUGAAUUAAAGCAUUUUCAACUGGUG